AUUUUCAAACUUACCAAAUGUUCGCAUUAAGAACGAUGGGUGCAGUUUGGACUUUUAACAUAAUCAUCUCAAGUGUUUGAGUAUUAUGCAAGUUCCCAUAAUCCCAUGUACAUCGUUCCUACUUUCCCAACGUUGUCUUUGUCUUUCCAAUCCCAUGAAUCAAUCAACAACUUCAAUUUUCACAACCCACAAAUCAAAAUGCAAUCUUUCUUUCUUCUCUUACUAUUAUCCUCUUCUUUCAUUCAUGGGUAUGCACAAUUUCAAUCCAAAAAUCAAGGUUUCAUAUCAAUGUUAAUCACUCAAAACGGGCUUAAUUUUGUUAAAGACUUACUUGUAAAAAAAGCAAUUUCUUCCAUUGUUUCACUCCAAUUGCCCAAUAUUGAAAAGGGUACAAAAAUUCCAUUUUUGGGUAAUGUAUAUAUGGUGCUUUCUAAUAUUACAAUAUAUGAAAUUGAUGUUGAUUCUUCUAAUGUUAAGCCUGGUGAAGAUGGGAUUUUGAUUUUAGCUUCUGGGGUUAGUUGUAAUUUGAGUAUGAAUUGGUAUUAUUCUUAUAGUACUUGGAUUGGUCCUGUUAAGAUUUCUGAUAAAGGUUCAGCACAAGUUCAGGUUGAAGGCAUGGAAGUUGAACUUAAAUUGGGAUUAGAGAACCAGGAAGGAUCUUUGGAUCUCAAACUUAAGGACUGUAGUUCUUCUGUUAAAGAUAUUUCAAUAAAAUUAGAUGGUGGUGCAUCUUGGCUUUAUCAAGGGAUUAUUGAUGCUUUUGAAGAGAAUAUUGGAUCGGCAGUAGAAAACGCUAUCACCAAGAAACUUGGAGAAGGGAUUUCAAGGCUCGACUCAUAUUUGAAAAGUCUGCCAAAGGAGGUUCCGGUUGAUGAUCAGUCUUCGUUGAAUGUAACUUUUGUUAACGAUGUUUUACUAAGUGAGUCGUCUGUUGGAUUUGAAACCAAUGGAUUAUUUAUAGGGAGAAAUGAUUCCCUGCCUAUUCCUAACCUUGGCUACAAGAACUUGAAACUUCCGAUUAUAUGCACAAAUUUAUCAAAAAUGCUAGCAAUCACUUUAGACGAGGCUGUUUUCAACUCGGCAUCAUCCUUGUAUUAUGAUGCAAAAUUUAUGCAUUGGAUUGUGGACCAAAUACCAGAUCAAUCUCUAUUGAACACUGCAGGAUGGAGAUUUAUUAUUCCUCAGCUUUACAAGAAAUACCCAAAUCAUGAAAUGAAUUUGAACAUAUCUUUGUCUUCGCCUCCGGUUGUGAAGAUUUCAAAUCAGAAAGCCGGUGCUGUCGUAUAUGCAGACUUAACAAUUGAUGUUUUGGAAGAAGAUGAAGUAAUACCGGUAGCAUGCAUCUCAUUGAUGAUUCAAGCUUCAGGUUUGGUCAAAAUAAAUGGAAACAACCUCGUAGGUACCAUCAGAUUGGAUAGCUUUGGAAUGUCAUUGAAAUGGAGCAACGUUGGCAAUCUACGAAUGUACCUUAUUCAGCCGGUGAUGUGGACGAUUAUUGAAACGGUAUUUUUGCCGUAUGCAAAUGCACAUCUAAGUAAAGGCUUACCUUUGCCUAUUAUCCAUGGUUUCACCUUACAAGAUGCAGAAAUAAUCUUAUCAACGUCAAGAGUCGCAGUUUGCAGCGAUGUUGCAUUUGCAGAAUCAGAAUCAGACAGACAUAUCUUACAAAAUUACAAUUCAUUGAGUAGAUAAAAACAUAUUUUGUGGAUGCAUUGUAAAUAAUUCAAAUCAGAAAUCAAGAUUAUAUAUCUCCUUGUGCAAUCUUCUGUUAUUUGUUAGAUAAACAUCAAUACAAAUACUUUCUACCAUGAACUCACAUGUAAAUAAAGUGUACAUUCGAACGAGAAUGAGAAAAUUAAGACGCAUAAGCUAGUUUUAACUAAGAUUAGUAAAGGAGGGAAAUGUCGGUCAUUUAUAUAUAGCAGAUCUUAUCGAAAUGUGUUUAGAUGAUUGAGAUUCUGAAUAAAUCAAGACAUAGAAGCCAACUUCAACUUAAGUGAGAAAUUUUAUAGAAAAAAUGUCAUUUAUUGUAUAACUCUGUUAAGAUUUAUUAUUUCAUAAGU